AUGUCUAAGAUUGCCUCCACCUUUUCGCGCCUUGUGCGCUUUGCCCCCAGAUCUAACCCUGCUAAGAUCUUGAUCGGUGAGCCAGUAGAUCCGCAGGUGGAUGUUGGUUUGGCUGUCUACCAGGGCAAGGAUGUCUCUGUACGACCAUUCACUGGCACAUCUGUCCUCAACCCAGGUCAGAAGACAGAGACAACAGAGAUAAUUGAACGGAUCCUUUCUCCUCUGGCGCAGAGCGAGGUUGGAUCCAUUCGAUGCAUUGGGUUGAAUUACGUGUCGCACGCGGCAGAGAUGAAGCUGACUAUUCCCGAUGUACCGACUCUCUUUAUGAAGCCGUCCACCGCGCUUGCGGACCCAUGGCCGGCACCGACUAUUCUUCCCAAGAUCACACAGGUCGACAACACCGGCGAUUACGAGUCGGAAAUGGUCAUUGUCAUUGGCCGUGAUGCGAAGGAUGUCAGCGAGGCAGAGGCUCUGGACUACGUUCUUGGUUAUACCGCCGCCAAUGAUGUUUCCAGCCGGACAUCACAGAUGAACCAAAGCCAAUGGUCCUUCUCCAAGGGCUUCGAUACCUCAUGCCCCAUUGGACCUGUCCUGGUUUCCUCGGCUCUUAUCCCCGAUGCCAGCAAGCCUCACAUCCGCGGCUUGAAGAACGGCCGAGUCAUGCAGGACUGCCCUCUGACUGAUUUGAUCUUCAGCGUCCCUCAACUCGUCAGCUUCUUGUCGCAGGGAACAACUUUGCCUGCCGGUACCAUUAUCCUGACCGGUACCCCUCCAGGUGUCGGAGCGGCCAAGAACCCCAAGGAGUUCUUGACGGCAGGUGAUGAGUUUGCUGUUGAAUUACUCCCUCAUGUCGGAACACUGAUCACAAAGAUCGAGCACCAGGAAUGA